AUGGGCGAGUUCUCGUACAGCCGCGCAGGGCCGGAUCGCUGCAAAAAGUUGCGGCUCAGACGGCUGACUUCCCGAGCCUUCAUCGGCUUCGUGUGCUUCUUCGGGGUGGCCUUGCCCUUGAUCUGCCUCGUCACCGCCCUGCUGCACUACAACAAGUAUGAGAGGUGUAAGCACCAUGUGCGGCAGCUGCGCUUGGAGUACCAGCGCGAGCAGCUUGAGAGAGAGCUCGCAGCUGGGGAGGAGGAAGCCGAGGCCCGGCCGGAGCGGCGCAGCGGACAAGCCACUCCUCCGGCCACCAGCAGCCAAGGUUUGGUCCGCAGUGUCACCCCGGUGGAGACCAAUUACCAGGCGCUGUCUGGGGAGCCUCGGGCAGCCGGCUCUCAGGGCAGGAGCUCCGUGGGCAACCUCACCUACGCGGCGCCCGAGGCUUUCCUGCGGCCCUCCUGA